AUGUAUUUCAUUUAGUUCUACUGACUUGACAUCAUGACCCACAUCCAUGUUAUUGGUAAUGUCACCCAUCAAAAUGUUUAUCGACGUGAAAUGGUUCGAUCACGAUGUUGUGUACUAUUAUUGAAACAGUUCACAUACUCUAUAUUGCAAAAACUGUUGGAAAAAAUACUACCUUAAUAACUACUUAAACGGUUGAACUAAAUUACCUGAAUAAUUAGCAAUUAUGGUCGACAAUAACUUAAUCAUACAGAGUUUGAAAGCAUCCCAU